GCGCUUCCCUUCCACAUUUCGCGAUACGAUAGGGUUGGUUACCUUGUGUUUGAAACAUGGUUUCGCUGAAGCUUCAGAAGAGGCUCGCCUCCAGUGUCCUCAAGUGCGGAAGAGGCAAAGUUUGGCUUGAUCCCAAUGAAUGCAAUGAAAUCUCCAUGGCUAAUUCUCGCCAAAACAUUAGGAAGCUGGUCAAGGAUGGUUUUAUUAUCAGGAAACCCACCAAGAUUCAUUCGAGAUCACGUGCUCGUCGAAUGAAGGAAGCCAAGAGGAAAGGCCGACACUCUGGAUAUGGUAAACGUAAGGGUACCAGGGAGGCGAGACUUCCCACUAAAAUCCUUUGGAUGAGGAGGAUGCGUGUGCUCAGACGCCUGCUCCGCAAGUACAGGGAGUCUAAGAAGAUUGACAAGCACAUGUACCAUGACAUGUAUAUGAAGGUUAAGGGUAAUGUUUUCAAGAACAAGAGAGUUUUGAUGGAGAGCAUUCACAAGACCAAAGCUGAGAAGGCAAGAGAGAAGACAUUGUCUGAUCAGUUUGAGGCCAAACGAGCCAAGAACAAGGCCAGCAGAGAAAGGAAAAAUGCUAGGAGGGAGGAACGUUUGGCUCAAGUGAGUUCCAUGUCUAUUGAGGGUCCUGGAGAUAAGCCAACAGCUGCUCCCACUGCUCCACCAGCUACAGCAUCACAACCAGCCCAAGCACCAAAGAAAUCCAAGAAGUGAAUCAAACAUUCUGAGAUCGCAUAGUGGAAUUUUUGGGGGUGGCAUCCUGUGUUACUGUUCUGAAGUAGUUUUGAAGAGUCUCUUUGUUGGUUUAGGACCUUGUUUUGUUUUCAUUUCAAGUAUAUGAAUUUAUAAUAUUCCCUUUUUUACUGGUAUCUCACUGUUUUAGUGUUUUCUGUAACGAAUAUGAGAUCCUUGUUGCGGAAAUACUUCUGUUGCACUUUGUUA